AUGAGCUCUGGAGGAUCCUCGGAUUCCGAGGCAGCGCCUAUCCCCGCGCCUACCGACCUGGAAGCAUACACCGCUCGCCUCCAGUCAUCUAUCAUUCCUCCCACUCGCAUAGCCGCCAAGCUUCCACUCGGCAGUGACCUCGCUUACCAACGCACUCUCCAUCGCAAUGCCGCCAAACAACUUGAUGCUGUAUCAAAGCGUAUCAGAGGCAUUGUCGAUAAGCUCGUAACCUAUGCGAACGGUCCGGACAAAGGCAAGGCAAGAGCCGAUGAUCUGCUCGACAGACGUGAUUACCGAGCGCUUGUGGGGGACGUCUUGGAUCAAUUAUUGGAGAAUGCGGACGUUUGCUUGGAUGAAUUCGCAGGUAGGAACAAGGCUCCUGCAAUUGAUAUCAAACUUCCUGCCAAGCCCAGCCAGCCACGCAGACUAUCCCAAGCGCUUUUGCAUGCAACUAAUCUCCCAAAGCCUCAACUCAAAUUUAAAACACCUCCGGACAACACACCUUUCACUGGCCUCUAUGUCCCACCACCCCAUCCUAACCCAGCUCCGUACGCCCAUGUCCCACCGUCAUCACUUCUCAGGUCGUCUACCCCAGCACCUAUUGCUUCGUUUGAAGAAACGCCGUUCACAGAAGAGAUGAGCGUUCUUCGGGGCAUUUUGGAGGAUCCAAAUGUUGUCAAGGUCUUACAUGGUGCUGAAAGUGAUGUCGUUUGGCUGCAAAGAGACUUUGGACUAUUUAUCGUGGGACUAUUCGAUACGUUCCAUGCGUCUCGAGUAUUAGAUUUCCCAAAACACUCCCUUGCAGCUCUCUUGGCACGUUAUACAGACUUUACACCUGAUAAGCAAUAUCAGCUCGCAGACUGGCGCAUUCGACCACUCCCGGAAGAAAUGCUUCAUUACGCACGAGCAGACACGCAUUAUCUCCUACAUAUAUACGAUAACCUUCGAAACGCCCUCCUUGAACACUCUACCUCCAAUCCUCCGCCCCCGCCUACACCCAGCAAUGGCACUCCACCACCUAGCGCCCCGCCUACACCUUCUCCACAUCCUUGGGCGGUCGUCCGUGUCUUGGCCAGGUCAGCGAAUACGGCUGGUAAACCAUACAUGCCUGAAGUACCCGACCCAGCGGCACUCGCGAAACGAUGGGAUCUACAAUUGAAUGGGACGAGGUCGAGAAGUUCGAGUCCAAGUGGUACCGCAAGUCCGGCUCCGAGCCGACCCGUAGAACAGAGAGCAGCCGUAUUCGAAGCAGUAUUUUGGUGGAGGGACAAAAUUGCUAGACAAGAAGACGAAAGUCCAGUGUAUAUACUCGCCAACACUGCCUUGUUCCAAAUCGCGAUGAACGCGCCGGUGACGUUGGCAGCAUUGUAUAAAGCUGUACCAAGAUUAUCCGCUCCAGCUCGACAGCACGCCGAAGGUUUGGUCGAGGCUGUUUUGCAGGGUGUGGUUCGAGCAAAGAAGGAGCGACUGAAUGGGAGCAACUCCCAUAUCCAAACCGCGUGGGCGGCAACAAGCCCUACUCAAGCCAUUGAUCUAUGGAGCAAGCUUCAAACGGCUGCUUCCACAACAAAAGCCGCCCGCACUUCUGCGCUUUUUGGCCCUGCGAUAGUCACAACACCUACGCCAUCCAAAGCACGAGCGACGCAAAGUGCACUCUUUGGUCCCUCGGCUUUGCGAUCCUCUACUUCCGCGGCAAAGGCGGCUCAGAACUCGUUUGAAGAGCUCCGUCGACGCAUACACGGAUCUAUCAGUGACCCUACGCCUACGCCUGCACCCGCACCUGAAUCCGAGAUCAUGGUCAUUGACGAACCUACGCCACAGCCGCCCAAACCCACUCCAGCCAUCACACCGUCCCAACCCGAGACAGAGAUCGUGACCGUCGCUCGUUCGGGGACCAAGUCGAGAAAACGAAAAACCAACUCCUCGGGCACGAAUACACCCCAAGAAACCAAGAAACCUCGACCUGAAGUGGAGGAGUUUGACUAUACGAAUGCACAGAGUAUCCUGGAUAUGGAUCAAGAAGUUGAGGAGGAAACAAGUGCUGGUGCGAGGAGACGGGAGAAGAGAAAAGUAGCGAGUGUGUAUGGGAAUUUCCCAGCUCCUCCAAAGGCUCAGAGCGAGCAGCGGGCUGGAAACCGGACACAUACAUUCAAAAAGUAG